GCACUAUAAAAAUGUUGUUUCAACACUGUGUAGAGGAAGUGCUUAUUUCCUUACAGGAUUUGAAACAAUGCAUCAGGUAGCUUCGCUCCUCUGCUCCCAGCCUCUGAAAGAUCAAAACACGAGUCCUAGAUUGUGUCUGUUUUAUAACAAAUGCUGAUACUCAAGAACCAUUAUAAGAAUUCUAUCAUCACCAGGCACAUUCAUAGGAGAUAUAAGCCCUUCCUACUUGUGUGAGAACAAGGUUUUGAGCCAUGGAGCAAAGAGGUUGGACUCUGCAGUGUACUGCUUUCGCCUUCUUUUGCGUUUGGUGUGCACUAAACAGUGUAAAAGCAAAGAGGCAGUUUGUUAAUGAAUGGGCGGCGGAGAUCCCCGGAGGGCAAGAAGCUGCCUCUGCCAUCGCCGAAGAACUGGGGUAUGACCUUUUGGGUCAGAUUGGAUCACUUGAAAAUCACUAUUUAUUCAAACACAAAAGCCAUCCUCGGAGGUCCCGAAGAAGCGCUCUUCAUAUCACUAAGAGGUUAUCUGAUGAUGAUCGUGUGACGUGGGCUGAACAACAGUAUGAAAAAGAGAGAAGUAAACGUUCAGUUCAAAAAGACUCAGCAUUGGAUCUCUUCAAUGAUCCAAUGUGGAAUCAGCAGUGGUACUUGCAAGAUACCAGAAUGACUGCAGCUCUGCCCAAGCUGGACCUUCAUGUAAUACCUGUUUGGGAAAAGGGUAUUACUGGCAAAGGAGUUGUUAUUACUGUACUGGAUGAUGGCUUGGAGUGGAAUCACACAGACAUUUAUGCCAAUUAUGAUCCAGAGGCUAGCUAUGAUUUUAACGAUAAUGAUCAUGAUCCAUUUCCCCGAUAUGAUCUCACAAAUGAAAACAAACAUGGAACAAGAUGUGCAGGUGAAAUUGCCAUGCAAGCAAAUAAUCACAAGUGUGGGGUUGGAGUUGCAUAUAAUUCCAAAGUUGGAGGCAUAAGAAUGCUGGAUGGCAUUGUAACUGAUGCCAUUGAGGCUAGUUCAAUUGGAUUCAACCCUGGCCAUGUGGAUAUUUACAGUGCAAGCUGGGGCCCUAAUGAUGAUGGAAAAACUGUGGAGGGGCCUGGCAGACUAGCCCAGAAGGCAUUUGAAUAUGGUGUCAAACAGGGGAGACAAGGGAAAGGCUCCAUCUUUGUCUGGGCUUCAGGGAAUGGGGGUCGUCAGGGAGAUAACUGUGACUGUGAUGGCUACACAGACAGCAUUUACACCAUCUCUAUCAGCAGUGCCUCCCAGCAAGGCCUGUCACCUUGGUAUGCAGAGAAGUGUUCUUCCACAUUGGCUACCUCCUACAGCAGUGGUGAUUACACAGACCAGCGAAUAACAAGCGCUGACCUGCACAAUGACUGCACAGAGACCCACACAGGCACCUCGGCUUCAGCACCCCUGGCUGCUGGUAUCUUUGCUCUGGCCUUGGAGGCAAACCCAAAUCUUACCUGGAGAGAUAUGCAGCAUCUGGUUGUCUGGACCUCUGAGUACGACCCAUUGGCCAGUAACCCAGGUUGGAAAAAGAAUGGGGCAGGCUUGAUGGUGAACAGCCGAUUUGGAUUUGGCUUGCUAAAUGCCAAAGCUCUGGUGGAUUUGGCUGAUCCUAGGACCUGGAGAAAUGUGCCUGAGAAGAAAGAAUGUGUUGUAAAAGACAAUAACUUUGAGCCUAGAGCCCUGAAAGCUAAUGGAGAAGUAAUUGUUGAAAUCCCAACAAGAGCUUGUGAAGGACAAGAAAAUGCUAUCAAGUCUCUGGAACAUGUGCAAUUUGAAGCAACAAUUGAAUAUUCUCGUAGAGGAGACCUUCAUGUCACACUCACUUCUGCUGUUGGAACCAGCACUGUACUGUUGGCUGAAAGGGAAAGAGAUACAUCCCCCAAUGGCUUUAAGAAUUGGGACUUCAUGUCUGUUCAUACAUGGGGAGAGAAUCCUGUAGGCACCUGGACAUUGAAAAUUACAGACAUGUCUGGAAGAAUGCAAAAUGAAGGAAGGAUUGUGAACUGGAAGUUGAUUUUGCAUGGGACAUCUUCUCAACCAGAGCACAUGAAGCAGCCUCGUGUGUACACAUCCUACAAUACAGUCCAGAAUGACAGGAGAGGAGUGGAAAAGAUGGUGAAUGUUGUGGAGAAGCGGCCCACACAAAAGAGCCUGAAUGGCAAUCUCCUGGUACCCAAAAACUCCAGCAGCAGCAAUGUGGAGGGUAGAAGGGAUGAGCAGGUACAAGGAACUCCUUCAAAGGCCAUGCUGCGACUCCUACAAAGUGCUUUUAGCAAGAAUGCACUUUCAAAACAAUCACCAAAGAAGUCUCCAAGUGCAAAGCUCAGCAUCCCUUAUGAAAGUUUCUAUGAAGCCUUGGAAAAGCUCAACAAGCCCUCCAAGCUUGAAGGCUCUGAAGACAGUCUGUACAGUGACUAUGUUGAUGUAUUCUAUAACACAAAACCUUAUAAGCAUAGAGAUGACAGGCUGCUGCAAGCUCUCAUGGACAUCCUAAAUGAGGAGAAUUAAAAUAAGUGUGUUGCCUGAGUUGGGAAUCUUCAUGCACCCUCCUUUUCCUUAAAUGUUCCUGGGUCUGGAGUUGUUGUGUCCCUGGUUUUUAUGCUUAUAAUGUCCUUCAUUGUAAUUUUACUUUUUCUUUCAAACUGUACUUUGGAGUGAGUUUCAAAAUGAAAGCCAACUUCAUCAUUCGUCUCAGUGUUUAAGAGUAUGUCUUCCCUGUCUAUACAAGUGAAGCAACUUCUUUCUAAAGUCAUUCUUGGGACACAGCCCUUUACUACAGUAGAAAAGCUCCUAACACCUCCGCAUUUCAUAUCUCACAAGUAUAGGAAAAGAGUAGGAGAUCCAUUUUUAUUUAGAAAAGUAAUCAAGAAAGGUAUUUUGGCUGCUACAGUUUAUCCUGUUCCCUAUUUUUGCAAUGGGGUUCUUUGAACUUUGAUAAGAAGGAAGCAUUUAUAAAGUAUCGAAUGAGAAAGUUCACAAAUAGAUUCAUAGCUGGAAUAAAAUGUAUUAUUUAAAUUCAGAAACUGAUCUUAAAAUUUAUAUUAGCUAGAAUAGUCAUACAGUGUUCCUCUUGAUUGGUGUACCAUGUAGAGGUCUCUAUGGGUCAAAAGGUGGCUGUGACCCAUGCUAUGUAAGACCUGGCCUUCUAUUUUCCCCUUGUGCCUUGUAUGUUUCCUUUUUGAACCACAAACUCAAAACUCAAAGAGCUAAUUCAUGCCAUUUUCUCAGAACUUAUGCUUGAUUUUUUUUUUUUUGCAAAUUCCUAGCCAUAGUUUUGUUUAAAUAACAAGUUUUGUUUAAAUAACAAGGAGCCACUCAAAAUACAGAGAAUCAAUGAAAUAACAGGGAAAAUGCUUUAGCAGAGAAGCAACAAGAUGCCUUUUGCAAGCUGUGUUCCUAGGACAGGUUCUUCAGGCUCUCUAUAUGAGUGAUCAUUUCUGGACACCACAGGGUCUUCUCUAGUCUCAGAGGACAGUAUUCAAAUUCUUACCAAAAUGCUUCCAUGUUUCAAGUCAGAAAAAAGGUGGGUAACACUUAGAUGGUAUUUAUACUUUCUGUAAGUUAUGCAGAAUAUUUCAGAAGUGUGAAGGAUUGAUGAAAGUGUGAGAUCUCACAUGAAACCUGAUUCUCAGGCCCAUCGUCCAUCACAGCAAUAGCUAGCUAGAGGUAACACUUUCCAAGUUAAGAUUUAAAGUCCAGCCUUCCCUAACCCAACUUUUUUUUUUACAAUAUCUACUUUAUUUGUUACUAUUCAGCAUCCAGUAGUCAUCUAUCACCUUUUAAUUACAAUCUGUGAGUUGCAGGAAGUAAGGAUUCAUUUUAACAUUCUCAUACACAUAUUUCAUGUGCUUGUACAGUGUCCAGCCCUCAUUAGUGUCUCUUCUGUCUCUCCUUGCUUGUUCUCUUGCUCUUCACAAGUAUUCCCACUUCCAAUUCCAUGUCUUUUUUUUUAUCUAAUCCAGAUUCCAAAUAUAAGAGAAAAUGUGAUGUUUGUCUUUCUAUGCAUGUAACUUUGCCCACUCACAUACUACGUGAAUCUGUAUAGGGUAUAAAUACACUAGGAAAAGUAUUUCCUGAAAUUAUUUCCAAGCAGUCUCUGCCACUAAUAAUUGAGCUUGCUGUAAGUUAGAUAAAUUGUUGCAUUUAUAAGUAAAAAGAGUUCUUCAGAUCCUAAAAACACCUAUGAACACUUGAUCAUCUCACCUGAAUGUUCAUUUGUAAUAUUCAUUAACUAGCGACCCAUUCUCUUAAUAUGCCUUCCUUCUCUGAAUAGGCCAACAUACUUUCUAGUUAACUCUAUGCCUGAUUUCUCCAACUGAGUUUCUGUUUGCAAAAUUUCUACAAAGUCUACACCCACUCCUAACACUGAACUAGCUCAGAAAGACAGCUUAUUUGCCUUUGUCUUGAGUAUGGUUAGUAGCACAAGUUUUCAAUUCCUGUUGAAUCAUUAGCAUUUGUACAUAACCAAGCCCUCUCCAGAGCCUUGCCCUUGAUACCCUGUCUUUGAAGGUUUUGCAUUGUGUUUUCUAUAAGGUUUAAAUGAAAUGUUUACUUUUAUAGCACAUUACAACUGAAGAGGACUUAAGAGUUGUAACAUUAAAUUUCAGCUACUUACAAAAGACCUAAAGAACAGUAUCACUAACUGACAAUUAAUAUGUGAUUUAAAAAAAUGAAAGAGUUUGAGGUCAACCCCACACUUUCCUGUUCCUUAUACUAAAUUAUGGAGAUUUUGUUGAGAACUUUCUAAGAGCCCCAGACAACUCAUGGGCUAUAGCCAAAGGUUCAUUUGGAUAAGCUUUAAUAUUUAGAAAAUACCAGGCUUGAAAUGUUUCCAACCUGGAGUAUAUAUUGUCUAGACAUAAAAAAUAUUUUUGUCAGUCUUUCUUAGUGCCUAUGUGGACUUUUUGUGAAAAUGUUUAAAAAAGGAUAAUUAUAUAAUAUUUCCCUUGGAAUUUUAAGCUAUAUUUUCUUUACAGGUAUUUAUAAUGUACCAAUGCUUUUAUCAAACAGAAUUUUAAAAGGCAUAAUAAAUUAUAUUAAAGAACCAAAA